AUGAGAAACCCUAGCUUAUCAAUUCCAGGAUUAUUUUGGGGCUCUGAAUUAGCCUCCGAUACUAAAAACAAGUAUGUUUACAUCCCAUUAGAUGGAAAUAUUGAUGGCUAUGUACCUUUUGAAACCCUAGCUUUUAAAGUAAGGAGAUUAGCCAAAGUAGGUAUAAAGAUUUUGCAAUCUUGCAAUGGCUCGCUUUUAUGUGGUAAUGUUGUCAGCCGUAAUUCUGAUCGUACUUAUUACAUCUACAACCCUUUCACAAAACAUUUAGUGUUCGAUCCAUCCAAAUCCCCAUACUACAAAGUUAUAUCUUUCUGGAGUAGCAGGGAUAUAUCAGACUGGUGUAACAUUGAUCCAAAAGUAUUUGAGAAGAGGACUGAUCUGAAUUCUACUAAAUUUCGAAUAGAAAUCUAUGAUUCUGAAACGUCUUCUUGGAGGUUGUCUGGGUUUGAUUCAUGUACUGCCGCGACAGAAUGUUUACUAUGGGGUCAAGGUGCUGGUAUCUUCUGGAAUGGUAAGUUGUACUGGUGCAAUUUACAAGGCUAUAUGACUUGCUUCGAUAUUGAUCUAGAGUUAGUUAUGGUCGUGCCCAUGCCGAUGCCAAGUUCUGGUAAAAAGAGUUUUAAAAUUGCCGAGUAUGAGGGUCAUUUCUAUCUUAUAAAGAAAGACUGGUCUAAUGGUUAUGAUCGUAUGACGAUAUUCGAGAUGAUAUUUGCUGAUUCUAGUUGGAGCCAGAAAGGCCAGUUUGAUGAGAGGUUAAUUCCUUAUGCUCCUAAUAUUGUAUUCAUUAUCCAGAAGGAAGAAGAAAACGAGUCGAUAAAGGUUGUGCUGGUAACAGCAGAGAGUAGGGUUUUCUCUUAUGGUCACAGAUAA